UAAAAUCCCCGGCGCCUUCGUCCCCCACGCGAGACGCGACCAUCAUUCAUAACGCCACUCCUCACGCUCCGCUCCAAAUCCCACCCCAUUUCAAAACGGAGGAGCCUCUCCUCGCCGCAGCUCCCACCAUUUCCGCAAAAAAUAAACCUUGUCACCUUCUGCUCCACCAGCCAGAGUAAGGAGAACGCACUCCACAGACAUGUCCCCGACCACCACCCCGUCCCCGGCUCCGGCGCCCGCGCCAACGGCGGCGCCGUCGUCGAAGGGCGCCAAGCGCAGCCUAAUGUCCUCGCUCAUGGACGCCACCGCUCUGCUCCGCUCGGCCUCCUUCAAGGAGGACUCCUACGUCGCCGCCGCGCUGCCGGCCUCCGAGCUCCGCGCGCUCGCCGACCUCAAGGCGCUGCUCGCCACCCACCCGGAACCCAUCUCCAUCUGGGGCGUCCCGCUCAACCCUCCUUCCCCCGCGGCCGAAGGAGCCGCCCCUGCUCCGGGCCAGGCCCCUGUCCCGGACGAGCGUGCGGACGUGGUGCUCCUCAAGUUCCUCCGCGCGCGUGAUUUCCGCGUCCGCGACGCGCACGCCAUGCUUCUCCACUGCGCCGCCUGGCGGGCCGAGUUCGGCGCCGACGCGGUGCUCGACGAGGACCUGGGCUUCAAGGACCUCGAGGGCGUUGUCGCCUACAUGCACGGCUGGGACCGCGAGGGUCACCCCGUCUGCUACAACGCCUACGGCGUGUUCAGGGACAGGGACAUGUACGAGCGGGUCUUCGGCGACGGCGACCGCCUCGCGCGCUUCCUCCGCUGGCGCGUCCAGGUCAUGGAGCGCGGCGUGCGCGCGCUCAGCCUCAGGCCGGGGGGCGUCAACGCCAUCAUACAGGUCACGGACCUCAAGGACAUGCCCAAGCGCGAGCUCCGCGCCGCCUCCAACCAGAUCCUCUCGCUCUUCCAGGACAACUACCCGGAGAUGGUCGCGCGCAAGGUGUUCAUCAACGUGCCGUGGUACUUCUCGGUGCUCUUCUCGAUGAUCUCGCCGUUCCUCACGGAGCGCACCAAGAGCAAGUUCGUCAUCGCGCGCGAGGGCAACGUCGCCGAGACGCUCUACAAGUUCAUCCGGCCGGAGCUGAUUCCGGUGCAGUACGGCGGCCUCAGCCGCGCCGGCGACCUCGAGAACGGCCCUCCGAAGCCGGCGUCCGAGUUCACCAUCAAGGGCGGCGAGAAGGUCUUCCUAGAGAUCGACGGCAUCGAGGCCGGUGCAACAAUAACAUGGGACCUGGUCGUCGGCGGCUGGGACCUCCAGUACGGCGCGGAGUACGUGCCGGCAGCGGAGGACAGCUACACGCUGUGCGUGGAGAAGACGCGGAUGGUCCCGGCCACCGUCGAGGAGCUUGUGCACAACGCCUUCACGGCGAGGGAGGCCGGCAAGAUGGUGCUCUCCAUCGACAACUCCGGCUCCCGGAAGCGGAAGGUCGCCGCGUACCGGUACUUCGUGCGCAAGCCGUCGGUGUAGUGGACUGCCUUCUGGUGCGCACAAUGGCCGGCUUGCCGACCGGCAGCGUGUUAUGGAACGGGCAGUGAACUGCUUGCUUGGGGCUUGUUGUGGUCGUGGAUGGGAGAGGUUAAUUUAGGGCUAUUUAAUUAGUGCUAUAAUGACAUAAUGCAUGUCUUACGCCAUAUGUAGAAUAUAAUGUAAGAGCUGUCGGAACGUUUGUCAUCGUCGUUAUAAAGCUAAUGAGUUAAGUUUUUUGGGGUAA